AUGUUCGAUUUUUUGGUGUCCACCGAUCUUUUAUAUCCAUUAAACGCUUGGUCAAAUGAUACACCUAGCCCGGCUAACUUCACUACCACAGGUCGUUCAUCCUCUGGUUCGGGCCAACCCUUCGGUAGACUCCAGCCAAUUUGUGAGAAUCAGGGGUCGAACCAUGCCCCGGGGCUUCCUCUCUGUCGACACCGAGAUCUCGUCAAAAUCGGGGGGCCAGAGGUUCCGGAAGCGGCACACCUCGUCGCUGUAGCCGCUGCGGCGAGCCUGGACAUACACGCAACAGGUGUCCUCAAGCAAAUGACACGCGAUUAG